CAUUAUACACUCACAACACUCCAGGACCACCACGCGGUGCAUCCCAAUGGCUCCAGGUUUCCACUUAUUACAAGAGGCCAAAAAAGCACAGCUGGGUGGACUGAAAAAAAACAAGAUAAGGAAGCCGGUCAUUGAGAAGAUGAGGAGAGAUCGCAUCAAUAACAGCAUCGAACAGCUCAGAAUAUUACUGGACAAAGACAUCCAGACGCACCACCAGCACUCCAAACUAGAGAAAGCAGAUAUUCUGGAAAUGGCAGUAAAAUAUCUCCAGCAACAGAGACUGCACAGUAUGAAUGAUCCCCAGAACGCACAGGACUUAUAUUACCAAGGAUACUACAUGUGUCUCAAAGAGACAAUGAGAUUUCUGCAGAACCCAGAGCAAACACAAGGGAAAAUACUCAGACACAUUACCAGGUAUCAAAGCGAAACACUCACUGAGUACAAUCCCCACUACUGCCCUGCCUCACUGCAUAGAGAUACCUGUAAUACCCCAGAAGGUAACACAGAGAUAUGGAGGCCUUGGUAGCCCAAUAUUAUGACACAG